UGGCAGUGCUGGAAGACAUGGAGAAUUGAGCAGGCAUUUCCUCUUCCCUUUCUUCUUGGUUUUCCUGAUCGACAGGCUAUUCUUCUCUUUUCUUGUCUGUUGAUGUGUUUAUUUCGUCAUUCUUUUCAUCGCUAUUGGUCAACAGCUCAAUAACGGUUGACAUCCGCUCUUUUCGUUGCCAUCGUACAUUAUUGUGCUUUCGCUGCUAGUUCGCAGAGUGAAAACUGCGUCCCCCCCAAAAAAAUCACUCAUCUCUCCUUUCCAAAUAUCGCAUCGAAUCCGUCUUUCUCUUCUUUCGAGACACUCCCUACCGGUUCAGUCGUUCCUUUCCGUCGUUCACUUCUUUCGCAGACAGCCCCUUCGCAGGUGCCGUCCAGGCAGGCAUAUACACUCCUUCGCUUUUCUAUUUAUAUCCAGCCGAAAAUUCUCUAUUUUCUCGAACUUUAUAACUACCAGAACUUAACCUUGACGGCUUCAAUUCGGGUAUUUUCAUUGUUGGAAGCGCCUUCAGUAAUCCUUUUCUUUGGCACACCGCUGACUCUUUGCGACGCAUGCCUCCGCCUUUUAUUACUCGGCUUUUCUAUCGCACUCAAUUGUUCUAUUUUCACUGCAUUUUGCUAAAACGCUGACGUGAGGGAGUUUGGGACUGCAAAGCAAGGGGGGUGUAAUCAGGAUGGCGUAUCAUGAUAAUCUGAGACACCACCGGAUAAGCAGGUCCUUGAAGAGGAAACGUCGCGAGGAAGCAGGCCAGGCAGGGAAUACAGCAGGAGACGAAGAAAACCAAAGAGACCCCCCCGUUUCGAAAAUUCUCCAAGCCACGGUUGUGUCGUGGUCGUCCGCCAGAGAAGAGCUGGAAGGGCGUGGAUCGAAGGAUGAUAACACGCAGGCUGAAAUCGUGUCUCAUGAGCCAACGGUACUUCUAGAGGCCCGAACCCAGGAGCCCUUGACAACGGCUACGGUGGUCCAAGUUAUUGGUGGUGAUUCCGAAACUAUUGGAGAGUAUACCGGCGUGACUUUGCCGUUCACAUUGUCGAACUCUGUCUAUGGCUCCUUGACAAUCUCUGCUCCUAAGAGCCUUCCUCCUGAUGCUGCUUCGUCUUCUUCUUCUUUUCCCCCGGAGCCAUCUGUCUCCGCAUCUCCCGCCUACAGUUCCCCUGCUGCUGAGACUCCGUCACUAACGCGGGAAUCUCACACCCUGAUGUCCCCCAGCCCUUCAACUCCUCUCAUCUCUCCCUCACGAGCCUCUCCCACUCCAACCAGCUCUACAUCCACCUCAAGCUCGACGACCCCUUCUAGUACAACAGUUACCUCUUCCUCGACUAUAGCGUCAAGUUCUAUAUCCAGCACUAGCAGUUCCACCUCUCUAACGACAUCAUCCUCUACAUAUUAUGGCUUUCCCAGCUCUGGUAGUACAGGAGGCAGUUCGGGGAAUAUUAUUGGUGCUGGGGGCGGCUUAGGAGGUUCUACGAUCACUAGCGAGCCUCCAGCUUCAGCAACGAGUACGCAAAGCCUUCAUGGUGCGACAACCCCCAACAACACCACGCCUAAGAUAGUCGGAGGCGUUGUUGGAGGUGUUGCUGGACUUUUUGUCUUGGCUCUCCUGGCUGGUCUCCUGUUCCUCUACCGACGAAAAAGGUCCAUCCGUGGAACCCCGUCCGGUCUUCCGUCUGAUGGAGGUUCCAGGGAUGCACCACUGGCGGAACGGCCGUCCACCACCAGAUCUGCAGAAAUGUCCUCUCAACGGUCUAGCCAGUCUCUUUUCACUGCAGCAUACCUAGCCCCGGCCUUUAUGAGACGUUGGAGGAAUUCUGCUAUGACGGACAGUAGUCAAUUGUCAGAAACAAGCGAGCGUGGAUUUCAGAAAAUCUCUGGUCGGAAAAUCCCCUCUGUGUUGCAGUCCGGCGGGGAUGGCUACGGCGGUGGUCUGGAAGGGAUAUCGCCAACCAUCUCUCCAAUGUCAGGGGAUCCAAGUUCGAGUCGGUCAGUACGUCCUCCUCAGUCUCCUCCGCAAUCUCCUCCCUCUCAGCCUCCUCCCACGCGCCCUUUUGGUGUACCAUUAGACACGAGCUUUACUCGGGAAAGCAGCGCUGAAUCCAAUGCGGUUGUUGUCAUUCGUCCCUCGCCCGCUCGAACGCCUCUUUCUAGCACUGUGAGUGUCGUAUCGCCUGAACAUAUGUCUCCUGCUCGCCCUUCAUCACAAAGGCCAGACCUACUUGGUCGAAGUCGUCCAAGCCUCGACGGGAGUCGAAGCAGCCGCUUUACCGAAGGCAUUUAACCUCUCCCCAUGGAGGGAGCCCUUUUUCUCCACGACAAUCACUGGGACAGUCAUUCGUCACCUUUUCUAAAUCUCAUUAUAUACCCUGUCUCUCUAUUGCCCCUUUCUGGUUUCCACAGCAGAUAUAUGCUGUUUUCUUCUUCUUCUUCUUCUUCUUCUUCUUCCUUCUUUCUUAUUUGCCAUGAAGCCAUCCCACUCGGGUUACUUCAUCCCGAGACUUAUCCUCCGCUCUCACCUAGAGCUUCCCGACUCUGAUGUUCGGUUGAUCCAUGUUUCCAUUUUUGGUCUGGCUUGCUCGCUACGUGCCUGCAUUGAAGAGACCGCAUAGGAGACAAUAUAGGUUUUGGCCAUCUUCAUUUGCGUAUAUGGGGUUCCAAGUAUUUUAUUUCUUUGUAUUGGUGUUCUUAUUGAGCUGAGUCUCUUUCUUUUUAUGGAUACCCCUUGGUUCAUUUUGUUGUUAAAUGCCCACCAUUAAUUGGCUAUUUGUUUUGAAAUUUCUUGAUUUCGUUUCUAUAAGUGGCUAGGAGGGCUUCAGCGGAGAAACAAGGAAUCCCUUUUUGGGGGUCAUUUCUUGUCAAAGUUAGGCAAUGGAUGGAGGGGAACCUCGAGUUGGCGGCGGACUGGUUCUAUGUGCGUAUGUAUGCAUGGAUGAAUGUACCUAUAUGUAUAGUAUUUGUAUCCCUUCUGGUUACAAAGUAUAUACGAGCGGCUGCAGCCUGGAAAUGAACAGGGAUAAAUAUCCGCA